AUGGCACUCCCACCCACCAAUCGCUACUCGACAGUCGCCGAAUGGGCCAAGCGCGCUCGGGCCUGGGUUCACGUCAAUGAAGAGAAGUUCAUGAGGUUCUGCCUCUCUGGAUUCAGCACCGAGUUUGCCGACGGCUACGGAGUAACGCUCGAUGGGACCACCCUGUCCCGGUCUGAUUCUCCCCUCUCUCUUUCUCGCCACUACACCACAAUUAUCGGUUCCAGCCCCGAGAUCGAGUUAGUGUCGGGAAACCUGACCAUCGCUCCGCUCGGCGAGUACCACCACGAACCCAUGAAGGACUUAUUUCUGUUUUUCGACAUAAAAUUACCCUCGGGGAGAGUUGUAACGAAGCCCUUGGUACACCUGGCUACGCACCCGAUUGGCACUUGGGGCCCUGGCACGCGACUUCAUAUCGGAUUUUCUGGCUUCGCUACGGUUAUCGGGGACGAAUCCAACAUCGGCGCGGACAAGUACGAAGAACUCUACCGACUCGGGAUCCACCCAGCUCUAGGUAUUGAGCACGCCACCGCAGACGACUCACCUAUCACCAUCCCUCACGACAACAUUUCCACCUUUACCGACCAGCUUCGCGCGUCACUUGAAGAUCACGGCGUUCAUUGGGCUGGGGACAUUUUCUUUGUCCACGAGGUCGUAGACAUGUCGCGGUCGACGCAGCACGAUGCUCGCGACAGGGCUACCUCCCGAGACUGGCUGAACCUCGCGUUUAGUCACUACGAGCUCUCUCUCGCAGCUGCUCUUAGCGGGGAGCAUGGUACUUGGUACGUCGGGGUCGGAAUGGACAUUGCUUCGUCGAGUGGGAAGUGCUUUCUGUGGAAUUCCAAGAAACAUUCCGACCUCCUUUACCACCUCGCCAAGGUGGACAUCAUCCAGUCCCACACGAUCACGACCACCAACAAAGCCAGCUACUCUCGCCACACCUCCUUCCAUCUCUCCCAAGCAGCUGGCUGCGAAGUCCGCCUCAGCGACACUAUGAUGGGCCAGACAGGCCUUCGGUAUUGGUCUCUCUCCCACACGCACGCUGUCGCCAGCCCAGAAUCCAUUACCCCCACCGACGUUUUCACUGGCCGCGCGAUUCAGGUCCUUGAACGUGCCUUCGAAUCCUACCGAGCUGCUGCGUACACCGAAGGAGUCGGUCUUCGUGUUGAAGGGGUGGUAGCAAUUGGGAAGGCAGUGGAUUUCCUCAUUGACGUGCCCUACAUUGCCUUGGACACUGCGAUUUUCGUCCUAGAAAGGGAGGAGCUAUGGCCUAUGCUAGCGUACCGCAUGCUUGCCAUGAGGAUGGCUGCGGAGCUGCAGAUUACCAGAAGCCCCUACAACCGACUUCAGGCGCCGUCUCUCCUUCUGGCAGCUGGGAUCGCCUUUCUUGCCAACACCAUCGACACCACGGCGGCGAUCAGUUUUCCGAGGAUGGGCGACGCUCGCUACUUCCUUCCCACUUCCCAAUCGAACACCCCUGGCCUGGGUGGCCCCGUCUUUGAUCGAAUCGGGCAAGGCGACAAUGCACCUCGAUCUGUGUACAAUGUCCUCUACCUUCGACAAUUCCUCGAUGGGUCUCCAGAAUUCGUCGAGUCGCCGAUGAUGAUCUGCGACCGCAUUCUUGAAGCUGUCAUGGGAGCCUCCCUUGACCAGCUAGCCAUUGCUGCGAGGACAGAGACUGCCGCCGUUCAGCAAGUUCGUUCGUGCAGAACCUUCCGCCUCCCCCCCCAGUCCACCAAACCAUGGUACCAACACCACGAACACGCUUACGCCACCGACAGGCUCGACAUCGUCAUUCCACCGAUGCACCUCACUCAACACCACUUCACGCACGGCCUGACGCCGUGGUGCGAGGAAGUGUGGGUUCAGUAUCUCAACGACAUCAUCUCUGGUAUCCCCUCGAAGGUCCCUUCGCGUCGCAACAACCACAGCUCCGACUCGUUCUGCGCCUUAACCCCCGCCCAGCUCGCCAACGCUGACAUGGGUAUCUUCCAGAACCUGCGCCUAUCGGACAUCUUCACGGAAGUUCAGUGGAUUGUGGUUCGCGAUGAAGAGGAACUCAUGGUGGUGUUCGACAGCCACUUCCCAGACAGGGACUGGGAAAGCGAAGACCCAGCGUUUGCUUCUCGGAGGUACUACGACGAUUGGGUGGCACUCACCUACCGUCUUUCGAGGGCGGAGGUGGUGGAGACGAAGAAGGCCCUAUUCCGCUUGUUCAGGAUGCUGUGCUGGAUUCCUUGGGGUGACGGUGGUGUUUGGGAGACCCGGCCAGAUCGCCGAUUUACCCGGUUCGGUGGGGCAGACCUGCGACUCCCGGCACCGAAGAUUCUCAUUCUUCGAGGGGAGCCGGUGUGGGAGCCAGCUGCGUGA